GUUGGGGGUAAACAGCCCCGAAUGGAGACGCGAGGCGUGUUCGCCGUGGAGGUGCCGUUAUCCCGGGACCGCGGGACCCGAGCUUGAGGCGGCAGCAGACGGCUCACAGCUCCCAGAGGGAUCGCCCACCCUGCCGGACUGUGGUUCUGUGCUGCAGAUGGAGUGGAGGACUCAGUUGUCUGGCCCAGAGUGACAGGAGCCCGAGGCCCAAGAUGGAGAAGAAACGAAGAAAGAAAUGAAAGCCUCUUUCCAGGCCAAACCACAAAAGGCCAUGAAAUUUAACUUUUAUUUACGUUGGACAAGACUGUAAAAUGGCUGAUCGAUAAUAUUUCAGCUUUUGGCCGAAACAAAAAUUAACUUAUAAUCAAGAAAGAAAAAAAGUGCGAUUUGAAUUUAUGCGAUUUUAUGACCAUAUUCACUUAGGACCAUGAAGCUUGUCAACAUCUGGCUGCUUCUGCUAGUGGUUUUGCUCUGUGGGAAGAAACAUCUGGGUGACAGACUGGAGAAGAAGUCUUUCGAAAAGGCCCCGUGCCCUGGCUGUUCCCACCUGACGUUGAAGGUGGAAUUCUCCUCAACGGUUGUGGAAUAUGAGUACAUCGUGGCUUUCAAUGGAUACUUUACAGCCAAAGCUAGAAAUUCUUUUAUUUCGAGUGCCCUGAAGAGCAGUGAAAUAGACAAUUGGAGAAUCAUUCCUCGAAACAACCCAUCCAGUGACUACCCUAGUGAUUUUGAGGUGAUUCAGAUAAAAGAAAAACAGAAAGCAGGGCUGCUGACACUUGAAGAUCAUCCCAACAUCAAACGGGUGACACCCCAGCGGAAAGUCUUCCGUUCGCUCAAGUACGCAGAGUCGGACCCCGUAGCGCCCUGUAACGACACCCGGUGGAGCCAGAAGUGGCAGUCAUCCCGUCCCCUGCGAAGAGCCAGCCUCUCCCUGGGCUCCGGCUUCUGGCACGCUACCGGGAGACAUUCGAGUAGACGGUUGCUGAGAGCCAUCCCACGCCAGGUCGCCCAAACCCUGCAGGCGGACGUGCUCUGGCAGAUGGGUUACACAGGUGCUAACGUAAGGGUUGCUGUUUUUGACACUGGGUUGAGCGAGAAGCAUCCCCACUUCAAAAAUGUGAAGGAGAGAACCAACUGGACCAAUGAGCGGACUCUGGACGACGGGCUGGGCCAUGGCACCUUUGUGGCAGGUGUGAUAGCCAGCAUGCGGGAAUGCCAAGGGUUUGCUCCAGAUGCGGAACUUCAUAUUUUCAGGGUCUUUACCAAUAACCAGGUAUCCUACACCUCCUGGUUCCUGGACGCCUUCAAUUACGCCAUCUUGAAGAAGAUGGAUGUGCUGAACCUCAGCAUCGGCGGCCCCGACUUCAUGGACCAUCCCUUCGUUGACAAGGUGUGGGAAUUAACGGCUAACAACGUAAUCAUGGUUUCUGCUAUUGGCAACGACGGGCCUCUUUAUGGCACUCUGAAUAACCCUGCUGACCAAAUGGACGUGAUCGGAGUGGGUGGCAUUGACUUUGAGGACAACAUCGCCCGCUUCUCCUCAAGGGGAAUGACUACCUGGGAACUCCCAGGAGGCUAUGGUCGUGUGAAGCCCGAUAUCGUCACCUAUGGCGCUGGAGUGAGGGGCUCCGGGGUGAAGGGGGGCUGUCGGGCCCUGUCGGGGACAAGCGUGGCUUCUCCGGUGGUUGCUGGGGCCGUCACCCUGCUGGUAAGCACAGUGCAGAAACGCGAACUGGUGAACCCGGCCAGCAUGAAGCAGGCGCUCAUUGCGUCUGCCCGGAGGCUUCCUGGUGUCAACAUGUUUGAACAAGGCCACGGCAAGCUGGAUCUCCUCAGGGCCUAUCAGAUCCUCAACAGCUACAAGCCACAGGCGAGUCUGAGCCCCAGCUACAUCGAUCUGACCGAGUGUCCUUACAUGUGGCCGUACUGCUCCCAGCCCAUCUACUAUGGAGGGAUGCCGACAAUCGUCAACGUCACAAUCCUCAACGGCAUGGGCGUCACAGGAAGGAUUGUAGACAAGCCUGACUGGCAGCCCUACUUACCGCAGAAUGGAGACAACAUCGAAGUUGCUUUCUCGUACUCCUCCGUGUUAUGGCCGUGGUCAGGCUACCUGGCCAUCUCCAUCUCUGUCACCAAGAAGGCAGCUUCCUGGGAAGGUGUCGCACAGGGGCACGUCACGGUCACCGUAGCUUCCCCAGCGGAGGUGAGAUCAAAAAAUGGUGCCGAACAGACUUCGACCGUGAAGCUCCCAGUUAAGGUGAAGAUCAUUCCUGCUCCACCACGGAGCAAGAGAGUCCUCUGGGACCAGUACCACAACCUCCGCUACCCUCCUGGCUACUUUCCCAGGGAUAACCUGAGAAUGAAGAACGACCCUCUGGACUGGAAUGGUGACCAUAUCCACACCAACUUCAGGGACAUGUACCAGCACUUGAGAAGCAUGGGCUACUUCGUUGAAGUCCUUGGCUCCCCUUUCACGUGCUUUGACGCGAGUCAGUAUGGAACUUUGCUCAUGGUGGACAGCGAGGAGGAGUACUUCCCUGAGGAGGUUGCCAAGCUGAGGAGGGACGUGGACAAUGGCCUGUCGCUCAUUGUCUUCAGUGAUUGGUACAACACAUCUGUCAUGAGGAAAGUCAAGUUUUACGACGAAAACACGAGGUACUCAUAG